AUGACCGACUCGUCGAUUGCAGUUCCUCGAAAGCGCAAGUCUGAUGCUGAGAUCGAUACGUCUACAGACUUAUCGGCUCCUGUUACUGGUCUCGCAGUCACAAACACAGUGGCAAAGAAAUCUAAGAUAGUCGAAGACGUAAAUGUCUUGGUAUCUGAUGAGUUGAUUGCCACAAGUGGAAGCGAAGUCGAUGUUGAUCACAAUUAUCAUCAGCCUACUGUUUCUGACGCCGGAGAAUCAAAUGUUGGAAUGACCGAAGAAACUUCAGAGGAUGAGUUUGAUGGAAAUGAUGAUGGAGUUGAAGACGAAUACUCGUAUGAAAAUGAAGAUGAAGAUUCGGAGGUUCGUCAACAUGGAGUCGAGGAGCGCGGAAUUACUAUCCAGAAGGAUGGUACGGAUAAAGUAGUCAAAUUGAGACUCUUUGUGACGAAGGAUCAAGAGGUUGCAGAUUGGCUUCACAUGAUUCAUGUCCACUGCACCGUCGAUGGCAAACGAAUUGGCCAUGCCUUCGGUCAAUACAUCUGCCGGGAAGAAAUUAGAGAAAACUUCUGGAGCGAUAUGGAAGCCCCAAGCAGAGAGUUGUCUUUGAUUGCAUUCGAGCUCUUCGACCGUUAUGGAUACCUCAAUAGUCACCUCAAGAAUCAUUGUGUGCAAAAGGGUACAGGUGUAUGGGGAAAUGAGUUAGAUUUUGGCUCACUAUUUAUACUGGAGCAUAUUGACGUGACUGAAAGGGAAUACAGACGAAAGGGAUUAGGACGAGCCAUGAUUGGUGACCUCGUCAAGAAGGCAGAAGGACUACACAAGCCAUCCCAUUCAAGUACUACGGAAGACAACAUGUUAGAAGACAUGUUCUGGUUUGGACGAAAUAAGGAAAGAGAGCGUCGUGCGAAAAUUCACACAAUCUCGAUGCCUGGUUGUCUUCGCCAUGACGUCGAACCUCAAUGUGAGGGUAAAUCUAAACUCGAACAGCGUGAGAUUAGCUCUCGAGCUUUCGAUUCUGCUAUCUCAUUUCAUCGUUCCCUUGGCUUUCGAAGAAUUGGUGCUUCGAGCUGUUUUGGUCUAUCAUCCGACCCGGAUCAUAAGUCUCAUUCACUCGCAAUUCAGGACGAUUUCGAUCCGCCAAAGCCACCAUCAACACCUGCAGAAGAACCGGAGGCGAUAAUAAUCACAAUGCCUGGUGAAGAAGAAAGCUUUCGUACAUCUGCUUACCAAAAGGAACUGGAAGAAAAGAGACUAAAGAAAUUAAAGGAGAGACUGACACCCUUGAACUUCGCGGCUGUUUCUCUUCCUGAUAUUGAGCUCGUAAAAUUCUUCAAGACAUUCCAUGUCAAAGAUGAAAAGGAGUGGAAGCAAGUUGACAGUCUCAACAACACCUUGCUACAUAUCACGGCAUGCCAGUUUAAACCCCAAAGCGUACAGUGGCUAAUGGAUAAUGUGAACGACAAGCAGUUGACAUCGGCUCGUAAUAUCGACGGAUAUACACCUAUCGAAGCAUUACAGUAUAAACUCAACGUCAUCAGAACACGACGCGAGCAUGGGAUGAUGACAGUCGUCAUCUCAGAUAACUUUUCUGGCUUCACUUCCGACGCUACCAGCUGCCAGUUUGUACUACUGACCGGAUCGAUGCCUACUAAUCUAUCGGAUACUCAGCUCUUACUACAGCUUAAAUGUGGAUGCACCUGUGGGGAAUGCAUUGGAGGGUUUCUAUCGCCGCGUAUGAAGCUGGCACUUCUUUUCCAAGCUGAAACACAUUAUGACAGUCUGAAUGAUUCGAUCCAUAUGAGUCUCGGAGAUGACGGCGUCGAUUGGUUAUGGUUGCAAGAAGGCCUUAUCGAGCACGUUCAUCCAGGUCUCCAGCAAAACUUCAAGACAAACAAAUCACUCCGUCAAGGUUUCGCUAAUAUGUUCAAUUACAUCGCGACAUGCCUGAAAGCCAACAAGCCCCCCACGAGAAAAAAUGUUUUGAAAGUAUGGGAAGAAGCGAGAGAAUGGCCACCCGCAACCAGCAAUUAUCUCCAAUGGGGCGGUACCCUUGAGAACAAGGUCGAAGCAGUAUUGGAGAAAGUAUUCGAAUAUGCACACGCCCAAAAUGAGAUUUUUGGCGAUGGCGAGUUUAUGAACUGUAUGGAGGAAGAGAUUGAGCAAUUGAAAAUAUGCAGGAAUGACCACGAAUAUGGGUUUGUGGCUAAAUCCUGUGGCUUGCCAGAACGUGACACGAAUCCAGCGGGAAGGCUGGAGGGUAUGUUCCAGAGAAUGUUUUCGGGUAUGCAAUGA